CUUGAUGAAUUUGGGUAUAGAUAUUGCAAUUCCAAAUUUGGCGGAGAUUUUGUUAUCCGCCAAAAAUGAAUUGGUUAGCCUCUUGAAGACAAAUGAACCUCUUUGGAUCGAAGAUACCACCGAUGGAAGAUAUGUUAUUCAUAGAGACAGCUAUGAUAGAACUUUCUCUAAUAAUUUUCGUCGAAAAGGAGGUAUUAGUUCACGUACCAUAUUUGAAUCAUCCAAAGAUAUGGGCUACGUAAGCAUGAAUGCGAAUAAACUUAUUACCAUGCUAUCAGAUUCGAAAGUAAGAUUGGAUAUUUUCCCCACUAUCCUAACUGAAUCUGUGGUAGUUCAAGAGUAUGCUGGGAAAAUGAUUUCACCGAACCAAUUAGGUUCAAUUCAAUUGGUCUAUGAACAAAUGCAUCUGUAUUCUCCUUUGCUAGCACCAAGAUGUUGGUACUAUCUAAGAUAUUGUGAGAAGAUUGAUAUCAAAACAUGGGUGAUAGUGGAAGUAUCAUGUGAUCCAUUUUCUUCUGAAAACAUCCAAUUGCCUGGCUGCGGUACUCCUGCUUGGCGUCUCCCUUCUGGCUGCCUGAUCAAUGAAGCCGCGCCUUCACUAUCCAAGGUUAACUGGUUGGAACAUGUGCAAGUGGAUGAUCUCAAGGCACUAACUCCUAAUCUAUAUAGAGACAUCGUUCUUCGUGGACUAUCUUUCGACGCAAACAGAUUUCUUCAAACCCUUUUGCGUUCUGUCUUUAGGCUUAAUUGUCAUAUUAUGUUUAACAAAAUUGGUGUCACCCAGCACUUUGGACAGAUUCUGAGUAUGACACCAGAAGCAAGGAGAGUGAUACUUGACAUCUCAUAUAACAUGUUAAAGAACUUUUGUGGAAAUUUAACCAUGAAAAACAAAAUAGACUUGCCAUACAUGUACAGCAACAACAUUCGGUUCUCCAUUUACAGUGUCAACGGAUCAACAAGUCAAAACUCACGUUUCCUUGUCAAUGCCACAACUAGUAUGUGGAUUCCACUCCCCUUCAAUGAAAUUGUUGAUUUCUUCAAUAAUGCCAACAUGCGAAACCAGUGGGAUGUUCUAUGUAAUCAACAAGCUGCAAAACAGAUUGGCAUCAUCACUUAUGGAAAGAGUCAAGAAAAUUCUAUUUCUCUAAUCCAGCCUUUUGUUUCGUUGAAUCCCAAUCUUAUGGUGAUUCAAGAGACCCUAUCGGAUCCUUUGGGAGCAGUUGUACUGUAUACUCUCACUGAUGUAUAUGAUCUUCAAAAAGCCAUACACAAAGCCAUUCCUCAGGGCUCUUCUUUGCCACUGACACCUCCAUGCGAUAUUGAAGUGAUCCCAUCUGGUUUCAUUAUAUAUAAGGAUGGAAGUCCAGGUACAAAAAUUGCAACUUCAAAAAAAUCUUGUACCUAUGCUGGAAUGGACAAAGGUUCGAUCGUUACUGCUGUAUUUCAAGUUGUCUCUCAAACCGCGACUUCUUUUGAGACUGUCGAAAUGAGUCUUGUGAAGACUCUCCAUUCUGUAGUUACUUCCACCAUCCAGAACAUAAUGCAUGCAUUGAACUGCCAUAAUCAGUAG